AUGUACACUGGGCCGAAGCUCCAGCCCGAUAUCCAAAUUGUAUUGUUACGAGCACGUCUAUGGAAAUAUUUGUUUGUCACCGAUAUCAAACAAAUGUAUCGGCAAAUACUCGUCCAUCCUGAUGAUAGAGAUUAUCAACGUAUACUAUGGCGAUUUUCACCUACUUUUAAAAUUGACGAAUAUAGGCUCUGCACCGUGACAUAUGGUACUUCAGCAGCUCCAUAUCAAGCGUUACGGACAAUUCGUGAGUUGGCCAUGGUUAACGCUCAGUCGACCCGUGCUGCUGCAAUUCUGCUCAAUGAUACCUUUGUUGAUGAUGUCCUCACUGGAGCUAAUUCUGUACAAGAAGCUCUCGAAUGUCAACAGGAACUCAUUCAGCUAUGUUCACGGGCAAAAUUCGAACUUCGCAAGUGGGCAAGUAACUGCAGUGAAAUUUUACAUGCCGUUCCUGAGGAUACUCAUGCGAUGUCUCCAUUAAUGCUUUUUGACGCUAGUGAAGACCCCGCCUUGAAGCUCCUUGGUCUUAACUGGGAUCCAUCAUCUGACACGUUUUCAUUCAAAAUCCAUUCCAUGACAAAAAACCCAACAAAACGCUCGAUACUUUCAGACAUAGCACGAAUAUUUGACCCACUAGGAAUUCUGUCACCAAUCACGUUGUUCUCAAAACAUCUGAUGCAGCGACUCUGGACUGAUGGUGUUGGCUGGGAUGAUCCUGUCUCUAUUGAAAUCGCACAGCUCUGGUCUCGAUAUCAUUCUGAACUUCAUCUAAUCGCAGACCUUUCGGUUCGUCGCCGAUUAACUUACGACCAAGCCUGUUCUGUACAACUCCACGCGUUUUCGGAUAGUUCAGAAAAGGGUUAUGCUGCUGCUGUCUACUUGAGAGUUGAGACACCAACAUCAGUGUAUUGCCAUCUGGUUGCUGGAAAAUCUAAAGUAGCUCCUUUGAAACGAUGUACGAUUCCAAGACUCGAAUUAUGUGGAGCCGUUUUGGCUGCCAGAUUACUAAAUUUCGUCGUCAACACCUACGCUGGUCGUCUCAAAAUUGAUGAACAACACGCAUGGACAGAUUCGACAACUGCACUGGUUUGGAUCCAAUCUUCACCCCAUCGUUGGGCCACAUUUAUCGCAAAUCGUACAAGCCAAAUUCAGGAAUUGACGUCACCAUCUAUUUGGCGUUAUGUUCCCACACAACUAAACCCAGUCGAUUGCGCUUCACGUGGUUUGUUUCCAUCCGAACUUGUCAAUCAUCCACUCUGGUGGUCUGGUCCACCGUAUCUGCAAGAAGCUGACCAUCAAUGGCCUUCAUCACUUAUGACUCUACCAUCAGAUAUAGACACAUCGCCAACAUUUGAAUUACGGAAGUCCAAUGUACUACAUGUCAUCAUAAAAUCAUCAAUUAGUGACUUACUAGCACGGUACUCGAAAUUAGACAAGAUUCUCCGUAUCUUGGCAUAUGUCCUACGAUUGAGAAAGUUACGGUCUUCAGGUCUAAAUAGCUUCACCGUAAAUGCUGGAGAACUCAUGCAUGCUUUAUCUGCAUUGAUAUAUUUCACGCAGCACACCGUCUACCAUAAUGAAAUUCAAAGAUUGACCAAAGGAUUACACAUCAUAUCCAAGGACCUGCGUCGUUUGGAUUUGUUUAUUGAUCCAUCCGGUCUUGUCAGAGUGGGCGGUCGACUCACGAAUGCCAAUCUACCUUAUGCCCACAAACAUCCAGUUCUUUUGCCUUCGUCUCAUCCAUUAACAAACCUUCUCAUCGACCAUCAUCAUGUCCGGUUGUGCCAUCCAGGGGCUCACACUCUGCAGACACAUCUACAACAGGACUACUGGAUUCAAUCCGCACGUCGCGUUAUUCGAUCUCGACUCAGGUUAUGCAUUCCCUGUUUCAAAACUCAGUCUAAGUCCGUUGAACUAAAAAUGGCGACUUUACCCAAACAUCGAGUUCAGCCGGAGUUGACUACACAGUGUUAUUUACAAGCGUUUCAUCAUUUAGUUAUAGAGUGCGAAAAAAAUUACUUACAAUUUAAUCCUAUUCGGUUAUAUGCCGAUUUUGAAAAAGCUAUUCACAAUGCUGCAAGACAUGUUUGGCCUUCUAUUGAAAUAAAAGGGUGUAGAUUUCACCUAGGUCAAAGUUGGUACAGGAAAAUACAGCAGCUAGGAUUAACGACCCGAGUUCAGCAAAUCAAACCAUUUGCCAUUACAGGAGUGGAUUACGCCGGUCCUAUUGUCAUAAAACAAUCAAGAGGUCGAACAUCUGCUUCAAGGUCAACUUAUAUUUGUUUGUUUGUAUGUCUAGCCACCAAAGCCUUGCACCUGGAACUCAGUUCUGAUUUGACCACUGAAACCUUUCUGCUAGCUUUCACUCGUUUCAUAGCACGACGUGGCCCUGUUCAUGAAAUGCAUAGUGACUGUGGCACAAAUUUUGUCAGUGCAGCACGACUACUAACUCCUCUGAACACAUUCAUUAACUCAGCUUCUUUUCAAGAUAAAGUACAUCAGCAGCUAGCAAAUAACGGUAUUCAUUGGCAUUUCAAUCCACCUUCCUCGCCACAUUUUGGCGGUCUGUGGGAAGCAGGCGUCAAAUCAACCAAAUCAUUAAUUCUUCGGUCAAUUGGCAUCCAUAGAUUAACCAGUGAAGAAUUAAUGACGUUACUCACCCUAGUUGAGGCUACUUUAAACUCUAGGCCAUUGAGUGCUUUGAGUAAUGACCCCUCUGAUCUCUCCGCUUUAACGCCAAGUCAUUUUUUGACUCUUGAGCCUUCAACCAAUUUACCCGAACCCAACUUAGAGACGAUCCCACUGUCCAAAUUGCAGAGAUGGCGUCUCAUCAAUGACCUACAUCGCUAUUUCUGGACAAGAUGGAGAAACGAAUAUCUAUCGAGCUUACAAAUCCGCAGCAAAUGGUUGGAAAAUCAUGGAGAAUUGAAAAUUGGUGAUCUGGUUCUCAUACGGGAAGCUACUCCUCCACUUCAUUGGCGCCUUGGACGAAUCUUGACCCUGCAUCCUGGAUCAGAUGGAAUUUCCCGCGUUCCUACUGUCCAAACCACCUCGGGAAUCCUGACUCGGCCAGCCGUUAAACUUUGUCCGCUACCAACUCCUUGA